GUAGACCAUCAUUGCUGCUUGGAGUGUUCCAGACAAAAUGCCUCAAAUUAAGGUGAUAUUGCCAAUACCACGAAACUGUAUCAGUGAAGUCUGGUGGUGUUUUUAUUUUUCUGUCUUCCCAUUCUCUAAAGCAUCAUGGAAGAGAUUAGGGAGGGGGAGGUAAAUGAGAAUAGUUUGAGAUGCAAAUUAGUGUCAUGGUAUUAAUAUUGGGGAAAUGGCUAGAUUCAAAUACUGGAUUUGUGAGUUUUGGUUGAAUGAAUAAAACAUGGGGUGGGUUUACAGGAGAGACUAUCCUGUCUUCUUGUUGUAUAAGCACAUUUCAAACCAGUCAAUCUCAAAGAGUGUGGUGUGGUGAUGGGGUUUUUUUUUUCUUAAAAUAUUUGUUCAGGAAACUUGGCUUAUGUUACAGCUUUGAGGGAGAACUGAAAUGUGGAUAUGCUAUUACAUACUUUAUCCUCUAACUGGGUGCCCCUCUUGGCUCCCUGCUAACCCAGUCUAAGCUCUGCCCUUUGCAAUUGGCAAUCAGUGUAGGAAGCGUAUAGAGAAAAGGCCUUAAACAGUAGUUUUUUUUUAUUUCUCCUUCCUUAUUUGCAAUGUUUGCCUUGCAUGAACUGGAUUUUAUAACUUGCUAAAUCAUUAAUGGGUUACUCCAAGCACCUUUUCCCACUUGUGUUUUGAAGUGCUCAUGGUGCUUGGAGUAUAGAUGUGCCGCAGUUUAAAACUCUGAGCGUUCUAGGCUGGCCGGUGUCAAUUCUGUGCAUUUCUAUCUGUUGGCAGAAGACCAAUGGUGAUAUGCACACUCCAUGCUGCCCAGGUCCUCCUCAGCCCUUUCUCUGGGAUGUUGCUCCAACUGCAGGGAAAACCUGACCUUGGCACUGGAAUGCAGUUAUUUUCCCUCUAUAUAGUGAAUUUCACUGUACCAGUGUGUGUGUGUAUAUAGCUGAGAAAAUGGUUACUGCAAUACCCAGAGAAAAGCUAAAAUACAAACUUUUACUGUUGUGCUUCUGAUGCCUCUCUGCAGCUCAAAACAAGGUAAAGUGAUCCACAAAAAUAGAAAGAAAAAAAAAAAAAAGGGCAGCACAAACAAUUGCAAAUGUGCACACAGUGCCACAAAAAUGUAUUUUUAAGAACAUAAGGUACAAACAUUUCAGGUUAUAAGAUUUACUGCCUUAUUAAAAGUAACUUUUUUAACCCUUUAAUAUAUAGUUUAAAAGAAAACUAAACAUUUCAUGGGAGAAGAAAAGGCUAACACAAGUUCAUUUAGGAAACUCCUCUUAACAUGUACAAAAGUAUAUAACCUAUAUAUUUCAGACUGCGAUGAAGAAGCAAUCUUCAAAAGAUCUCCCUUCAGAGAAAGGCAGCAGGUUCUCGCUCAGAGUUGCUUUAAAAAAACCACCCAUAUAUUCUGAGAGCAGUGAGGAGGAUGCAGAAGAAAAUGGUAGCUGCUCGUCUCCUGAGACCGCAAUCCCACCACCAGUCCAAAAGACUCCUUCAGACUCUGAGGACGAACAGCCAAAUGAAUUCCUACAAAGAAGGGCAAAAAACAUUCAGGAUAAUAAAGCCAUGGUUUGUCACUGGUACAAAAAACUGAUGUGGGGGACUGUAACAGGAGGGACACUUCUAAUCUGACUUUCAUGUUCCACAGCUUGCAAAACUUAUGGCAGAUCUGGAGAAACUUCCAGGAAACCUCCUGACAGACCCUGGAGAGCAGAGCAGUGGUACUCCAGUGAGUACAUUACAUGCAAGUGCCACGUACUGGGUGUGUGUGUGCGCUAUAGCUAUCUUCUCCUUGUCAAUCUUUAGAUGUGAUGGUUUCAGGAUCCCUGGUGUAGGGCCCAAAAACGUUAAACCGUGUCCUGGGUAUUGCAUAAACUGGCACGUCAUAAAAAUCCUUCAUAAAGACUAGAACACUCUUAUUUGUGAUAAAUGUUGGAACACUUAUAACAAACUAUUCUGACCAUCUUGCACAAUUUUCUUCUCUUUACCUUCCUUGUAGAGGUCCAGAAGGUUCCCUCGUUCUAAAACUCCUCAGGAGCUGCUGAGACGGAACCCUGAGCGAGCCAGCCGGCGCUUAACUCGUUCCAUGGGUGGUGUGCAGCCACGAUCUCCAGAGAAAGAAAGGAAAAGGGAAUUGAUGGACAGGCUGCGGGAUGAUCUGUUGGAUGAGGAAGUGAGUAACAGGCAUUCAUCCUUGUAGGACUGCAAAUACAUGAUCCACAACUGACUCUCUCUGCAAGAGUUUUACAUGGCAUCACAUUCCAGAUUUCCAUGAAAAUUCUGAAAAUGUUAUGGGUUUAUAUAUGGGAUUAAAUUGUACCAUAAUUGUUGUGGGUAUUAAAAGAAUGUUGGGGUUUGGCCAUGAUGCAAAAACUAAAGGGACCUGCAUCACUUGACACGUUUUUACAUCAGCAAUGAAACAAAAUAAACAUGCCAAUAAAACGAAGAAAAUUUUAAAUGUAUGUAGUCUAUAAACUUAGACUGACUGCAAUUUUUGGACUUGUUUCUAAGCUAGGGGAAUAUCUUCAGCUCCCCUCCCUCUUCUAACUCAAACCCCACUUCAUUUCAUACCAGUGUACCAAUGACUGAAACAGGGCAUCAUUGUGCAAUGUCAGGAGAGAACUAACACUGGAGCCUGCUCUGAAUGAUCACACUCCAAAUAAGUGUCUAGCUUUUAUAAAGCAAAGUGUUAAGCAGUACUGGUAAAAAAAAUAAAUAAAAUUGGCUUAAUGUGUAGGAAUUUAAGAUUAGUUUUGGAUGCAAUUUGACAACUGUUAACAGAUCUGAUGUAGAUUUCUAGUAAUCAGCGCUUUAAACAAAGAAUGUUCACGCAUAGAAACAUUUUAAAAUUGUAUAAGAGGAAUUCUGAUUUUCUUUUAUCGAAGUCCUGUCUUGCUCAGGAACUCUGUACCACUGACUCACAGUAACAAGGCAGAACAAUCUCCUUUCUCCUUUCUCCUUCCUCCAUUAGGAAUCUACUCCACAAAGACGUCGCUCUUCUCGUCCAAGUGCCUUAACAAUUCCUCAUGUGGUGCGUCCAGUUGAGGAAAUAACAGAGGAUGACCUCAAAAAAGUAGCAGACUCUGUGAAAGAGAAGGUUUACCACAGUGUUCAUGUAAGAGAAAUGUCAAUAUUUUAUUUGGGUUAAAGGGGAAAAUAGUCACAUGUGAGCCCAAACUUUUAGGAAAUACAGAACUUCAAUACUAGGGAUGAUGGAAAUACUUGGUUAGAAAAGAGAACUGGUGAUCUCCACCAUGUGUCCUCACAGAUCUAAAUCCCAUACCUCUCCUCACACAACCAAUGGUCAAGGGUUUCCGAGAUCACUGCACUGGGACAGAACUGAAUAAUUUAACACUGAGUAGUGUGCUUUGGGACAAUGUCCAGUUACAGCAGUUUCAGAACCAAAGUGUGCUCUAGACUUGGUUCUGGGGUGAAAUGGGUAUAAAUGUCUGCACUGGACUAGAAUAAAACAAAACAAAAUCCUGCUUGACGUCACCCACACCUGACUCGAAAGUCAAAAGCUGCCACCACCAAUACAAUUUAUUAAAUGGAGUACUGGUUCACCAAAUAAAGUAGAUCUUAAAACCCAUCAGCACUAUCAACCAUAGUUACAUAUGCAAUCUGAAAAGACUUAUUAAUCAGUCUCUUCAGGUAAUGUGAUGCUUUACCAGACAAAAUGAGUCGUGCACACAUGAAAAAAUGACAAACAUUAACCAUUAAAAAGGUAAUAGAAAUUUUACUGUUGAGAUCUGACUCUCACGGCUCACUAUCACUCCAUGGACUUUUUACCUGGGUUCCAAGCCGCCCAGAAGGGGUAAAGAGUGGAGGUAAGGCAUUACUAUAGUAAGUUAAUGUUGCCUUCACACCCACUCUUUUUUUUUUUUUUUUUUGUCAGCGCAAACUCCAACUUAAAAAAAUACAUUAUAUGGGGCGGAUAAGUAGUUGUGGGAGGGGGUAGGCAGGAGCUCUAAAGGGGAAUAUGGGUUCAGGUGUUAGGUGCUGUUUUGGGGAGACAUGAGCUCUAGUUGGAGGGAGAGAGGCAGUAACUAACACUCCCUCCCCUUCCCUAGCUUUUCUGCAAUUGGUGAGGGAUCUUUAUGCCUGGUGGUCCAGUGGGAGAAACACUGAAGGCUCUCGCGAGCUCCGAUGUUAAGAACGUUGCCUUGGUAAACUGGAGCUCACAGAAGCCAUGCUGGGCCAGACCCUUUCUAGGCUUUAACAUGGGUGCAGCAGCCAUUUUUAGCAAACAAGAACAUGGUUUGCACCUGCAGAGGGGCCUCAAAACUCUAUGGCAUACUAGUGUCCCUCGUGUGGUUUACUCUCCCUGGUCACUCUGCCCCAGGGCACAAGGAACAGCUGCUGUGGGCCCAGUAAGUUUUGUGGCACAGGGCAAUUGCUCAAUUUGCCAUGCAGUAAAGAUAGCCCUGAUCACCAGGGCAAAUUUGCAGUAUCCUCAAUAGAACUCCUAUUAUGUACUCAUGCAUGCGCAACACUGACCUCUGCUCCUGGCAUCCAAAGUCCCAAGCGUUGAGCAGAAGGAUUGCAGUGCUGGCAAGGGACAGGUUCAAGUAAAUAAACUCUCCUUCUCCUGCACUGCCAGUGCAGCAAUCGCAAUCAAGUGUCUUUGCAAAUAAUGCAAGGACAUCAGACACGAACAGAGCUGUGUGGUGUUUUUUCAUUGUUGGUUUUUGUUAUGUAGAUUUUUAGCUUUACAGACAAAAAGAACCUUGUUGAUAUGGUUUUGUGUAAUUUCCAGGGUUCCACUUGCCACCAAUGCCGCCAGAAGACUGUAGACACUAAGUCAAACUGUAGGAAUGUAGAGUGUCAAGGGAUCCGGGGUCAGUUCUGUGGGCCCUGCCUGAGAAACCGAUAUGGAGAAGAUGUGAGAAAAGUGCUUCUUGAUCCUGUGAGUAAAAUGUUUAUACAUCAUCUGACUCUAUUCCAGUACUUUCAUGGCUUCUCAUCUAUAUAUCUAACUUUUAAUUUUUACAAAAUCCCUUUGUAUAUGAACUGAAGACCACUAUAGUGCCUUGAGGGUGCCCCCACCCUCAGGGACCCCCUCCCUCCCGGCUCUGGGGAGAGGAAAGGGGUUAAAACUUAUAUCUUUCCAGCGCUGGGCGGGGAGCUCUUCUCCUCCGGUCCUCCUCCUCCUCUCCUCCCAUUUGGCUGAAUGCGCACGCGCAGCAAGAGCUGCGCGCACAUUCAGCCGGUCUCAUAGGAAAGCAUUUACAAUGCUUUCCUAUAGACGCUGGCGUCUUAUCACUGUGAUUUUCAGUGAGAAUCAUGCAAACGUCUCUAGUGGCUGUCAAUGAGACAGCCACUAGAGGCUUUGAGGGCUGGAUUAACCCAUUUACAAACAUAGCAGUUUCUCUGAAACUGCUCUAUUUAUAAAAAAAAAAAUAGGUUAACCCUAGCUGGACCUGGCACCCAGACCACUUCAUUAAGCUGAAGUGGUCUGGGUGCCUAGAGUGGUCCUUGAAGUAUUGUGCAUCCUAUACAUUUUACAACACUGGUUGUUUUCACACUUCUCCAUAAUGGGUGAGAAUCUGGGAUUGCAGCAGACAUGGGGUGGGAAACCUUUGGCCCUCCAGAUGUUGGCCUAGAUCUCAAUUGAUUUGCUAGCAUUAUGGCUGUAAGAGCAUCAAGGGAGAUUUAGUCCAAAACAUCUGGAGGGUCAAAGGUUCCCCACUCCUGCAGUAAACAAGGUAGCGCAAAUAAUUCAGCACCUGGUAACACUAGAUUAACAAAGUGAAUGUUCUAGUAUCUAAUCUGGAGGAUGGUAUAAGGCAUGGGGAAAAUAUUCGGCUCAGUUUGGCCUUCGGAACUCCGGCAUUUCGGGACUUCUCUUGCAGCCGCUUGGUAGAUAACUCCCUAAUUCCCACAGUAUUAGGGAGUUAUCUACCAAAAGGUUGAAAGACCUAAAUUGGUCUUUCAGCCAAAUUAACUUUUACGAAGUUAAUUACUUAGUGUUAGUAAAUUUUGCCCCUACUCGCUAUACAGUGAGCACUGUUUAAAAAAAAAAACUCUUGCCCCCACUCCUGAGCGGUGGGUGCCCUAAAUACAAAUUUAGCGCACACCCUCCGGUGACUAGGGGUCCCCAAAGCCCUAGUCACCCCCUCCACAAAAAAUGAAGCCCUACCUACCCCCCUCACCCUAAAAACGAGGGGACUUUUAACUAAGUACCUAUAAAAAUAAACUUACCAUUCAAUGUUUUCUUUCUUCUAAAAUCUUUUCAGCCCCAAAAAGGCAAAUAAAUCCAUAAUAACCGACGCAAUUGAAGAAAAACCGAGCGCAAAAAAUUCAUCUUCACCCAUGGCGGGCUCCACGAAGACUGAGCUCUGCAGGGUGGGGGAAGGCUUAUAAAGCCUUGCCCCGCACUACGAUCUGGCUCAGAGCACUCUGGUGGGUUUAAGCCAUCCAAUUGGAGUGCCAGGUAAAUGAAGACUGACCGGUAAGUCUCUAAUUUAGCUGUCACAGCACUGAUUGGUGGAUUUCAAACCAACCAGAGUGCUCUGUCAUUUUACACAGCGUAGGAAAGUUCUUUGGAAUUUUCCCACGCUGUGUAAUUUGACUCCUAACUCUCUGGUUACUUAAUCAACCAAUCGGUGUUAUGAGUCAAAUUACAGCAUGGGAAAAUUCCAAAGAACUUUCACACGCUGUGUAAAAUGACAGAGCACUCUGGUGGAAACCAACCAAUCAGUGCUGUGACAGGUAAAUGUAGAGACUUACCUGUAGGAAGGAACCGAAUGUCCAAAAUUCGGCCAAAUUGCACAUGUCUAGAUGGUAUCCAUUUGUUCUUGGUGUCUGUUCUUCAAAAUGCUGUAUUGGAGGAAAGUAACCAUAGCUUAACACUCUGUGUUUAAACUUUUUUUUUUUAGGACUGGCAGUGUCCUCCAUGCCGUGGAAUCUGUAACUGCAGCUUCUGUCGCCAGAGAGAUGGCAGGAGUGCAACUGGGAUCCUCUUCCCAUUGGCCCGCUACCAUGGGUUCAGUGAUGUUCAUUCUUACCUGAACAGGUGAGGCUUUCCUGUACUGUAAAUAGAACCAUGUGCUUAUGAUGAAUAUUCCCCUGGGGUGGGGUUUUAUGGUAGAACAUGCUUAGCCAGUAUCACUUGUCUCUUUCCUGGCUGUGAAUCUGAAGGCUUUUAUCUGCAGAUGUCUAUACUUCAGUGGCACAGACCUUUGUAGCAUUUCCUUUCAAAAAGGUUAAUUUAGCAUCCUAGGUCAAUUUACAUGAGCUCUGCACAACCUGUGUCCCCCCAGAUGUGUUUAACUACAACUCCCAUGAUUCAUCCCAUGGCCAUCUCUUCAAAAAAUCAUGAGUUGUAGUUUAAAAACAUCUGGGGGCCGCAGAAAACCUGUAAGCACGAACACAGGGUGGGUUUAGUUAAUCUGCAGAAUGUAUUAACUCCAACAAAGGAAGUCCAGAACCACAAUGAAGGUCCCUCUUGCACUAUUUGUUGGAUUCCAAAUAUUUUAUAUUCUCUAGUAAUUUCGAGUGAGAAACAAUCAGAACAGACGUGAGCUAGGUUUCUCUUCAUGGUGUUCUUAAAACUCUAGUGAAGCUAAAACUGGAUGGAGUCUAGAUAGGAUGUGGCUUAUUGACUUCCUUACUCUGUUUUACAUAAAUAUAGCUAACUUGAAAUGACUGAACAUGAACGAUAACUAUUUGGGCAGAGCAUUUGCUAAAACUGUAAGCAGAGGCAAGUGCGAUCUUAAAAGAUUAAAAAUCUCUUAAAGGGACACUGUAGUCACUAUAAGCAUUUCAUCUCUUUGAAUUGGUUAUAGUGCCUGGAGUGGCCUGGCACUGUCCCUCCAUUCAGUGUUGCACCAUGUUUGUGCAGUAUGCCACAAAAUAAGUCCCAGGCCACCCACAGUCCGGCCCCUUCAGUACGUGUAGCUAAGGCAGAGAUUACACACUUCCUUGUUGUCAUACCCAUUCAUACCGUCAGUUGGAACUCUGACAGGCUUAAAGCAGUCAGCUGACACUCUCAGCCAAUCACAGCUGCCUAUUGCUGCUCACGGUAAUACUUCCUUAUUAGCCAAAGCAGCACAGAGGGGAUGGAUUGCCGGGGACUUUUGUUUAGCAUUAAAAGUUUAAAAACUGUUUUAAUGCUGAAAGAAAUGAUGGUACCAGAGGACUCCAGACACUAUAACCAGUUUAAUGAGAUGAAGCAGAUACAGUGCCUAUGGUGUCCCUUUAAUUUAUAAAAUGGUAGCCAAUGCGAAUUUACUGAACAGCCAGUACUGUACUGAACCGCUUGCCAAAAACCUUCAUAGCGUGAUUUUUAACCGAAGUCUUGAGGUGGAACAUGCACAAAUAACCAUGGUGAUUUGUGGGUCGUCUUUGAUUUUUGUAUCUGGUUUUCUGCUAAACUCAAUAUUUUUCUCAAACUGUUAAUUUUGUCUCUCCAGCUUGAGGCAGUCAAAGGACAAAGAGGAAGAUGACGACUAGUUAGUUAUUUAAGCUUUAUAUACCCUUGAGAAAAUCCUUUACUACCUGUUCUGAUCUUAUUGCAUGUCUGUCUGAUAAAUUAUAGCUGUAUUUAUGUAUAUG